UUGCAGGAAUUGUGCCUUGGAUCCAUCCAUCCAGUCAGCUGAAACCAUCAGCCCAGGACAAGUGGACCAGCCAACAGGACCUAGACCAUGCAACCCAGCUGAUCCUACGACGGAACCAAGGUGCCAGUGAGAUGACAACAGCCCUGCUCUGGUCACUCCGGAAGCUGACCAGUCCACGCACGGCUGAAGCUUGAGGAGACAACAGCCCUGCUCUAGUCACCCCGGAAGCUGACUAGUCUACGCACGGCCGAAGCUUGAGUCAUCAUCAGGGAAGUAAAUGUGGUUAGAAAUCUGAAGUCCAGUAAUUUUCCUUGUAAUAUUGAUUAUUUUGCUAUUAAGCUGUCACUUUGCUCAGCCUUCUCCCCCUGGGAAAAAGCCUUUUCUGUCCAUGCUGGGUAUGAACAUGCUACUCAUCACUUUGUUCUUGCUACUCCCCUUAUCCAUGUUAAAAGGAGAACCCUGGGAGGGAUGCCUCCACUGCACCCACACUACAUGGUCAGGGAACAUCAUGACUAAAACCCUGUUGUAUCACACUUAUUAUGAGUGUGCUGGGACCUGCCUAGGAACUUGUACUCACAACCAGACGACCUACUCAGUCUGUGACCCAGGAAGGGGCCAGCCUUAUGUGUGUUAUGACCCUAAGUCUUCACCUGGGACCUGGUUUGAAAUUCAUGUCAGGUCAAAGGAAGGGGAUCUUCUAAACCAAACCAGGGUCUUUCCCUCUGGCAAGGGUGUCAUAUCCUUAUACUUUGAUGUUUGCCAGAUAGUAUCCAUGGGCUCACUCUUUCCCGUAAUCUUCAGUUCCAUGGAGUACUAUAGUAGCUGCCAUAAAAAUAGAUGUGCAUCCCCUGCUUGUUCCACCGAUUCCCCAGUAACAACUUGCUGGGACUGCACAACGUGGUCCACUAACCAACAAUCACUAGGGCCAAUUAUGCUUACCAAAAUACCAUUAGAACCAGAUUGUAAAACAAGUACUUGUAAUUCUGUAAAUCUUACCAUCUUAGAGCCAGAUCAGCCCAUAUGGACAACAGGUUUAAAAGCACCGCUAGGGGCACGAGUCAGCGGUAAAGAAAUUGGGCCAGGAGCCUAUGUCUAUCUAUAUAUAAUAAAGAAAACUCGGACCCGCUCAACCCAACAAUUCCGAGUUUUUGAGUCAUUCUAUGAGCAUGUUAACCAGAAAUUGCCUGAGCCCCCUCUCUUGGCCAGAAACUUAUUUGCCCAACUGGCUGAAAACAUAGCCAGCAGCCUGCACGUCGCUUCAUGUUAUGUCUGUGGGGGAACGAACAUGGGAGACCAAUGGCCAUGGGAAGCAAGGGAGCUAAUGCCCCAAGAUAAUUUCACUCUAACCGCCUCUUACCUGGAACCUGCACUGUCAAGUCAGAGCAUCUGGUUCUUAAAAACCUCCAUUAUUGGAAAAUUCUGUAUUGCUCGCUGGGGAAAGGCCUUUACAGACCCAGUAGGAGAGUUAACUUGCCUAGGACAACAAUAUUACAAUGAGACACUAGGAAAGACUUUAUGGAGGGGCAAAAGCAAUAAUUCUGAAUCACCGCACCCAAGCCCAUUCUCUCGUUUCCCAUCUUUAAACCAUUCUUGGUACGAACUUGAAGCUCCAAAUACCUGGCAGGCGCCCUCUGGCCUCUACUGGAUCUGUGGGCCACAGGCAUAUCAACAACUGCCAGCUAAAUGGUCAGGGGCCUGUGUACUGGGGACAAUUAGGCCAUCCUUCUUCCUAAUCCCCCUAAAACAGGGAGAAGCCUUAGGAUACCCCAUCUAUGAUGAAACUAAAAGGAAAAGCAAAAGAGGCAUAACUGUAGGAGAUUGGAAGGACAAUGAAUGGCCUCCUGAAAGAAUAAUUCAAUAUUAUGGCCCAGCUACCUGGGCAGAAGGUGGAAUGUGGGGAUACCGCACCCCAAUUUACAUGCUUAACCGCAUUAUAAGAUUGCAGGCAGUACUAGAAAUCAUUACCAAUGAAACUGCAGGGGCCUUGAAUCUGCUUGCCCAGCAAGCCACAAAAAUGAGAAAUGCCAUUUAUCAAAAUAGACUGGCCUUAGACUACCUCCUAGCCCAGGAAGAGGGAGUAUGUGGAAAGUUCAACCUAACUAACUGCUGCCUGGAAAUUGAUGACAAAGGAAAGGUCAUCGAAGAAAUAACUGCUAAAAUCCAAAAGUUAGCCCACAUCCCAGUUCAGACUUGGAAAGGAUAGUCUCCAGAUUCCCUCUUCAGAGGUUGGUUCUCAUCCCUUGGAGGAUUUAAAACCUUAGUACAAAUAGUUCUAGCCAUAUUGGGAGUUUGCCUUAUACUCCCUUGUCUCUUACCUCUCAUUGUCAAAAAUAUCCAAACAGCCAUAGAGGCUCUUGUGGACAGACAGACUACCACAUGACUAAUGGCCCUAAGUAUUAACCCCUGCCAAGAAAAGAGCUACUUCCUCUUGAAGAACUGAAUGAAGAUAGUGAUGCUUUCUAUUAAACUUUACUUAUAAAAAGCAUCAAAGUGGGGAAUGAAGCAGGAAAUAUAAAAGGGAAAACAAGUCCUUUCCUGACCAGUCUGACUCACUCCAAAGUCCUGCUGGAGCUAUGAUAAUUAUCUGCAAGGCCAGGCAGGGGCUCCAAAGGAACGGGCUCCAGGAGCAGGGAUGAGAAAAACAAGUUCUCCUUAUCAGUUUCCCCCUUUGAAAUUCUCUCCCCAUACCAUUAUUCUUUGUUCUGCUCUCACAACUAUUUUUGUAACUAUUUCUGCAAGUCUGUAAAGAUUUUGUAAGUUUUUGUUUUUCUUUCUGUAGCAUGGCAAGGUCACAAGACAUGUUUAAGUAAGGUAGGCUCAUGUUGCAAAGCCUGUUGUAAAACCUGUCACGGUAUGAUUAACUGCCUUUGUUCUGCUUCUGUAAGACGGCUUUUUCACCUCACAGGUUUUGUGCCAAAAACCUGACUUGCCCCUGCCUGAUGCAUGUAUAAAAGUCAAGCCCUGUCUUUGUUCAGGACUCAGCCUUUGGAUGUUAAUCCGCUGGGCUGGUGGCCACUUAAAUAAAAUCUUCCUGUUCCACCCA